AUGACGUUAUGUAUGUUGAUUUGCUUUGUUCGUGAAAGAAGAUGGAAAUGGAUCUUGAAUUCGCAUGUAACAUCGAUUUGCGCAGCAGCAUGUCUUUGUGCUACUUGGCAAUUAAGGAUCGCUUCGGCAUUUUAUCGUGAUACAGAAUUGAUUAUUGCUAUUAUAAAUCUCGUGAAUUCAACAAUACUUUGCGUUAUAUCUAUAACAACUCCCAAAGGUCCUCCUGUGUUUAAUAAAGGAGGUCGUCCAAUUACAUCAAUUGUUUAUUGUUCAAUAUGGAAUUUUAUUACAUUCUCUACUGUAAUACCAAUUAUAUAUAAAUCUUUUAAAAAAAAAUCACUUGAUGAUUCAGAUUUAGAUGAAUUACCAAAUGAAUAUACUGCAAAUGAAUUUUAUAAUAAAAUACAACAAUGGCCUAGUAAUAAUUUAUUAUAUAGAAUUUGGAAAGCCAAUCAAAAUGUUAUUUUAUUAGAAACAUUUUUUGUUAUAAUUUCAUCAUUUUUACAUUAUUUACCAAUAUUAUUCUUAUAUAGUUUAUUGGAUUUUUUUCAAGGGGAUAAAAAAAAUAUUGAAUGGGCUAUAUUUUGUGUAUUUGGUAUAUUAAUAGGAGGUUUAUUACAUGUAUUUGCUAUAUCUCAACAUCAAUAUUUAGGUGGUUCAGUAUUACAAUCAAGUGUUAGUUUAAUGUUAAAUUCUGAAAUUUAUUCAAAAAGUUUAAAAAUUAAAAAUAAUGUUAAUGAAAUAGGUAAAAUAAGUAAUUUAAUGGCUGUUGAUGCUAAUAGAAUUUCUCAAUUUAUGAUAUGGUGGGCUUCCUUAAUUGAAGCCCCUGUACAAAUUGGUAUCGCUUUAUUUUUUCUAUAUAAAUUAUUAAAUAGUGCUUGUUUAUUCGGUAUUUUAGUUUUAAUAAUAAUUUUACCUAUUCAAAGAUGGACUGGUAAAUAUUUCUCUCAAAAUCAAGAGCAUUUAAUGAAAACAAGAGAUUACAGGGUAUCUUUAAUGAAUGAAAUUUUACAUGGAAUCCGAAUGAUUAAAUUUAACGCAUGGGAAGGGAAUUGGAUAACGAGAAUAAUGAAUGCGAGAAAUAUUGAAUUAAAAUAUUUAAAGAAAAGUUUUAUUUUAAUGAGUACAUUUAAUUUAUUAUGGAUUGCUUCUCCAAUAUUAAUUACAACCGUUAGUUUUUUAACUUAUACUAAAAUUCAAGGAAAUGAAUUAACAGCUUCUAUCGCUUUCACUUCUGUUACUAUAUUUAAUGAAAUUAGAUUUAUAUUAAAUGAUUUGGCAGAAUUAUUCAUAUUAGCAUUACAAGCCAUAGUUAGUUUAAUUAGAAUUGAAAAAUUCUUAAAUAGUGAUGAAAAUGAGAAUAAAAAGAAUAUCAUUUUUAAAAAUGAUGAUAAGAUUGGUUUCGAGAACGCUACUAUUACUUGGAAUAAACCUGAGGAAAAUAUUGAAGAUAUUUUUAUAAUGAAAGAUUUAAAUAUCGAAUUUCCUGUAGAACAAUUAAGUAUUAUAUGUGGACCGACUGGAUCAGGAAAGACAUUAUUGUUAAUGGCAUUACUAGGAGAAGCGGAAAUUUCAUUCGGCAAAGUAUUUUAUCCAAAUCCACCACAACAAAUUCACGAAAAUCAUGAAUUAACUAACUCUGAUUGGAUAGUAGAUAAUAAUAAUAGUAUUGCAUAUGUGGCGCAGCAUACAUGGUUACAAAGUGGUCCUAUACGCGAUAAUAUAUUAUUUAAUUUACCUUUUAAUAAAGAAAGGUAUGAUCAAGUAGUGAAAUCGUGUGCAUUAGAUAAAGAUUUUGAAUCUUUUGUAGAUGGUGAGUUGACUGAAAUUGGUGAUCAAGGUGUAACUCUUUCUGGAGGACAAAAGCAACGAGUUUCUUUAGCAAGAGCUGUUUAUUCGAGGGCAAAACAUAUUUUAAUUGAUGAUGCUUUAAGUGCUGUGGAUGCGAACACAGCAAAUUACUUGAUUAAUGAAUGCAUUUCAGGUCCAUUAAUGAAUAAAAGAACAAUAAUUCUUGUUACCCAUCAUUUAAACCUAACUUUACCAAUCGCCAAAUAUGUGGUUAUGAUAAAUAAUGGACAAAUUGUUGAUAAAGGAGAAGUAUCGGAAUUGAAUAACAAUGGUUCUAUAAAUAUUCCAAGAGAAAUUAUCUCUGAUAAUGAAAGCAGCGGCAGUACUUGUAAUUCUACAUUACAAGCUUCUCCAGUCAAAGAAAAUUUUGAAAAAAAUUCUGAAGAAAAUUUUGAAACUUCAAAAAGUAUAACUUUGGAUAUGGAAGUUAUUGAAGAGGAGAAAAUAAUUAAUGAUACAACAAUUGGUGAUAAUAAACCCAGGGCACUUAUAAAAGAAGAAGGAAAAGAAUCUGGAAUGGUAAAAUUAAAUGUAUAUUUAAAAUAUUUUAAUUCUAAUGGAAGUUAUUUAUUUUGGAUAACAGCUUCGAUAUUAUUCAUGAGUACGAGGGUUACUCAAACAUUAGAAGGAUGGUGGUUAAAUGUAUGGUCAAGUUUAACCCAAAACAUCUCUCAUUAUAAUAUUGAUUAUUAUAUAAAUAUUUAUAUAUUACUUACAAUGUUAUCGGUUUUUUUUGGAGUAAUUCAAUUUUCUUGGUUAUAUUAUGGUUCAUUACAAGCAUCAAAAAAACUAUAUAAUCAAUUGUUGGUUAGAGUCAUUAAAGCUCCAUUAAGAUUUUUUGAUACUACACCAAUCGGAAGGAUAUUGAAUAGGUUUAGUAAAGAUUUUGAGAUAAUUGACAGCAUACUGGCAGUUGAUCUGGGAUUAUUUCUUCAUAAUUUAUUAAUGAUGGUUGGUGUCGUAUUAGUAAUAAUUGCAAUCACCAAAGAAUUUAUAAUAGCAGCGAUUAUAUUUGUUAUUAUUUACGCGAUUGUUGGAACAUUAUAUGCAAUUGCAUCAAGAGAAUUAAAACGAUUAGAUUCGAUAACAAAAUCUCCACUGUAUUCUCAAUAUACAGAAACAUUAACUGGAAUUAUAACGAUAAGAGCAUUUAAUAUUACUGACCAAUUUAUGAACGAAAUGUUGACAAAAAUAGAUAAUAAUAUUCGACCGUUUUAUUUUCUUUGGGUAGCAAAUCGUUGGUUACAAAUAUGGACAAAUGGUAUGGGAGCAUUCUUUCCAUUUAUUGCCAGUGUUUUGAUACUAUGGAAUUUGCAAAAAAUUGAUGCAAGUUUAGCGGGAUUAGCAUUGUCAUUUUCAAUGACUUUUACAACACAAAUUAUGUGGUCAAUAAGGAAAUAUACUCAAUUAGAAAUGAGUUUAAAUUCUAUUGAAAGGGUUGUUGAAUUUUUAAAUAUUGAACAAGAGAAUUAUCAGGGAGAAAUUAAAAUAAAAGAAAAUGAAAAUUCGGAAAAAAAUUGGCCCAUGAAUGGAAACAUUAGAUUUGAACGUUUAAAAGUAAGAUAUGCCGAAGAUUUGGAUUACGUAUUACGUAAUAUUUCUUUUGAAAUUAAUGGGAAAGAAAAAGUUGGAAUAGUUGGAAGAACUGGAUCCGGAAAAUCAACAAUAUCGUUAUCAUUAUUCAGAUUUUUAGAAGCUGCAGAAGGAAAAAUAUUUAUUGAUGAUAUUGAUAUAAGUAAAUUAAACCUUGAAGAAUUAAGAUCAAAUCUUACAAUUAUACCUCAAGAUCCGAUAUUAUUUACUGGUACAAUAAGAUCAAAUCUUGACGUAUUUUCACAAUAUACUGAUUAUGAAAUAUUUGAAUCAUUAAAAAGAGUUCAUUUAUUACCAUCAUCAUCAAAGUUUAGUUCCACAAAUGAAUUGGUUAAUAUAUUUUCUAACUUAGAUACACAAAUCAGUGAAGAAGGUAAUAAUAUAAGUCAAGGACAACGUCAAUUAUUAUGUCUUGCAAGAGCUUUGUUGAAGAAACCUAAAAUUAUUAUAAUGGAUGAAGCAACUGCUAGUAUUGAUUUUGAUAUGGAUGAAAAAAUUCAGAAAAUGAUUAGAAAUGAAUUCAAUGAUUGUACUAUAAUUUGUAUUGCACAUAGAUUACAAACUAUUAUUGAUUAUGAUAAAAUAUUGGUAUUAGAUCGAGGGAGCGUACUUGAAUUUGACAGUCCGUAUAAUUUAAUAUCAAAUCCUAACUCAAUUUUUUAUCAAAUGUGCGAACAAUCUGGAGAUUUUGAUAUAUUAAAAUCAUUAGCUUUAAAAGAACAGAAACGUAAUCUUACGUAA